ACAUAUUUUAUCAUUCUCAUACCUUUUCUCCUACAGAUGUUUUAAUUGGCAGCAAUAUAAAAGGAGACUCAUCGUCAAUCGUCGGCAUUCAUUCGUGAAUAGUAAAACAAUUUAAACGCUCAGUGCCUCAAAAAACAGCAAAAAUUGACAUUAUGAGUAAGCAAGGUGAAUUUCCGCUGCUAAAACUCUCUACAAAGUUGUUAGGAAUCAUUCGUUUUUGGAACGAUUCCCCGGGACAAAGGAUUCCUUCCUUCGGUUUGCUGGUUACUGCCAUAUAUCCAGUAAUAUGGCUUAUCCCUAGCUGGUUGUUUCUUGUGAGCUCCCAGGACAACAUCACACGUUUCAUGAAGGCAGCUAACGAGCUGAUGGUGUUCUCCCUUAUCUUCUGCAAGUUGUGCUUCUACGCAAUUCAUUUUCGUCGUUGGGAGAAGCUGUUUUACGAUCUGCAACGUUCGUUCAGCAGCGUUCUGAAGAAUCCAAGUCUGGAGAUUCAAACUAUAUUGGGACAUGUAACGAAAUCGACCCAUAAGCUCACUAAAUACUACUGUUCUACAGUAAGCUUCAACUGUGCUGCGUACGGCUUAUUUCCAAUGUUGUUCAUAGUGGUUAAAUAUGCCGUGACGGGCUCGUACGACGUGCCGCUUUCAACACCGAUCGAGGCAAACUAUUUUAUCCCCGGCCUGCGUACAAACUUUUGGGUUUGGUUGCCGGUGAAUUUAACACUAAGCGCGAUGCUGGAGUUGCAUGGCUUUGCUUUGGUUUUCGUUGAAACCUUCACAUGGAAUCUUGUGUAUGCCACAUCCUGUAUGUUUCGAAUCCUGCAAAUCCUGGCCAACGAGCUUUCGCAUCAAUGUCGAAAUGAAAAGGAAUGGAAUGGCAAGCUUAAAACAUUCAUAGCUCUGCAUGAUUCUGUGCUAAGAUCGGCUGAAACACUGGAGGAAAUAUUGAGUUUGCAGAUGUUAUUACUUUACAUAUCGACCAUUUUGGCUCUGUGUCUGGGUAUGGUCGUGCUGUCUUUGGCUGUCAAUGAGGUGUAUGUGCUGUUGACUACCAUGGCCGUAUUUGGCUACUGUAUUUUUCAAACCUUUUCCUUCUCUUACCUCGGCACUGAGCUCAUUGAGCAAAGCGAAGCAGUAGCGGACGCAAUUUUCCACAGCAAAUGGUACACGCAGAAGCUGAACAGACAGAAAGACAUGUGUUUCUUGAUGAUGCGAGCAAAGAGGCCGGUGAAAUUGACUGCCGCCAAGUUGUUCGUUGUAACACGUGACUCCUUCACCCAGGUAAAUUUUGAUUUCGUUUUAUUGAAAGAAUGUGUUUAUAAACCAACUAUUGUUUUGGUGUUUCUACAGGUGAUCAAACAGGCGUACACAAUCUUUGCACUUAUGUCACAGGUUUUGGACGACACAAUGGGUUAAAAACGCUAGUUUGCACAUUCUAACUCACGGCAGCGCUAACGUUAAGGCCGGGGGACAUUGUCCGUACUCGCUAGUGUAAUUUCGAUUUUCACUAGCGCAUCUGGCGACGGCUGACCGAAGCAUUUUGCCAAACAAUUUGGAGCCGCUUCAGAAAAUAUGUUAUUUUUCCAUAUAUUUUAAUUGAUUCCGACCAAAAAAGUUUUGUAAAAAGUAGAUGCACAUGUCCUGCACACAUUGCAUCCAUUUUCGUGACAAAAAACGAUGAAAAACUACUUAAUUUUGAGAUCCGGUAUGACCAUUUUCUCGAUGACCAAAAAAAGCUUCCACCAGCCGCCACCAGAUGCGCAAGUGAAAAUCAAAAUUACACUUGCGAGUACGCACAGUGUCCCCCGGCCUUUAGAAUUUUAACUCAUGAAGUAAUAUUUGUAAUAGUACAUACUAGAACACAUGUAUUAUGUUUUUAUUUAUUUUUUUAAUAUGCGAUUAUAAGGCAAUUACCACUGACGUUUCAUUUUAAUGCAUUACUGUGUGGGAUAAUCUGCUUGCUAUUAAUUUGAGCAAAACAUGUACAAAAUUUUAAUGAAUUUUGAUGCAAUGCAUCAUUUAAGUAACUUUUGAAUUAUAAACAAUAGAAUAUUUAAGGGGUUGAUCAUAACAUAACUAACCAUAACUAACGAAAAUUCCCAUGCAGCAUCAAUGUGGACUUGAUGCGGUAGUUUUUGGAUGUCGUAUAAGCGUGUUCUAGCAUCUACAACAUCUUAACACUAUUAAAUUAUAAUCCGAGUAUCGAAAGAAAGCCCAGUUCCGAAUGGCCGAGCGGCAAGAAGCUACACAUGAUGCUGAAAACGAAUACUGAGGAAAAAGUCGCUACCUUGAUGCGUUUCGACCAGAGAGUGAAAAAGUACUUCGGGAACAUGAACAUAUAUGUCAGGAAACGGAAGUGGCGAUCACUGGUUUCGGAUCUGUCGGCAAAGUCACCAUAACUCGAAGCGAUCGUUGGAGGAGAUGGAGCGGCUAUUAUUAUCAUAUAAAAAAGUUAUUAUUCAUGCAACAAUUAUUAUAAUAAAGUGCAGUACCAUUGUAAUUGCUUGAAGAUACCUUCACUGAAUUAUAUGCAA